ACUGACAGAAAACACUUGCUGUCAUGUGUUGAUCUGUGAGGUUUUACACUGAAUGAAGAUGAGUGGAGUUUGAUCUGAUGCAAUGAUUCAGAGAAGCUCUUCAGGACGAGGGAAAAUGUCUCUGUGGUUUCUGCUUCCCAUCAGUUUGCCUGUGUUCACACUGCCUGGAAUCUGGAUCAUAUAUGCGAUGGCCCUUUACAAUCAGCACGUUUGUCCUGUGAAUAACUGGGUAUAUAACUCAACCUGUGAGACGUCUUUGGUUCUUCAGAGCGGAUCUGAUCUGUGCUGCACGCUGGACAACAUCCCACUCAUCAGUAAAUGCGGCGGUGUUCCUCCAGAGAGCUGCUGGUUCAGUCUACUGUGCAGCACUGCUUCAUUCCUGG